UCUGCUUCUUCGAGAGAAACAUACAACGCGUGUUUACUGUAACUUUAUAAUAGUUCAAGACAACUCUAACGCGGAGCUCAAAGUUCAAUGCAACAAGUGUUUGUUAUAGUCUUCGAAAGUUUUAUUUUUUCCUCAUUUAGUUCGCGAAUGGAUCAAAUCUUGACGGUUGCUCGAAAAACGGAAACUAUUUAAAAACGAAGGUGAUCGUUAACUACUCACUCCACUAAAGAUAAAGGUGCGCCACGUGUAGCUAGUCAACGGUUUAAAAAUCCGCCUCCAGUCUACUCGAAUUCCGCGCCGCAGUUGAUUUCUCGGGUGACAAUAGGUCACGUGACGCGAUCUCUCCCGAGUAGCCGUUCGUGUCGACCGAGGUUAUAAAUAUCUGCAGGCAGGAAGCGGGGACUCUCUUUUACUUUCAACACUGUACCAUAGUGCGUUCGCUCUGCGGUCACUGCUAUUACGUUCCGUGCUGUGCUGGUGUAGGGGUUUGCUCACGCAAGACCAAAGCAGGGUGUACAAACCAAGCAAUCCACUUCAGCCAAUUCAAUCAAACAAGUCGAAUUAAUAAUCAAAGUCACAGCACGUGACUGUAGUCCAGCUGAACGAGAAGGCCCCAGCUAUCAGAAAGAAAAUGCCGGAGACCGCUCACCACAUGAACGGAUACGCAAAUGGGCAUACACCGCCAGAGCUACAGCAGGACACCAGUUUUCUCUUCACCUCGGAGUCCGUCGGCGAGGGCCAUCCAGACAAAAUGUGUGACCAAAUAAGUGAUGCCAUUCUAGAUGCACAUUUAAAACAAGAUCCUGAUGCAAAAGUUGCAUGUGAAACUGUUACAAAGACUGGAAUGAUACUGUUAUGCGGUGAAAUUACAUCGAAAGCAGUGGUAGAUUAUCAAAAAAUUGUUCGAGACACAGUGAAACACAUCGGCUAUGACGACUCAUCCAAAGGAUUCGAUUGGCGUACGUUGAACCUUUUGGUGGCGAUCGAACAACAAUCUCCAAAUAUCGCUGAUGGUGUUCAUGUGGACAGGGAAGAGAAGGACGUGGGUGCAGGUGAUCAGGGUCUCAUGUUUGGAUAUGCAACAGAUGAAACCGACGAGUGUAUGCCAUUGACGGUUGUUUUGGCACAUAAGUUAAAUCAAAAGAUCGCAGAGUUAAGACGAAGUGGUGAAUUAUGGUGGGCAAGGCCAGAUUCAAAAACACAGGUUACCUGCGAAUAUGUUAUGGAUCAUGGUGCUUGUGUACCCAUGAGAGUUCACACAGUAGUUGUAUCAUUACAACAUAGUGAAAAAAUUGGAUUGGACGAGUUGCGUAAAGCAAUUAUGGAGAAAGUUAUUAAAGAUGUAAUUCCAGCCAGGUACCUCGAUGAAAGAACAGUCUUCCAUGUUAAUCCUUGUGGAUUGUUCAUUAUUGGUGGGCCACAGAGUGAUGCUGGUCUAACUGGUCGAAAAAUAAUAGUAGACACUUAUGGUGGUUGGGGAGCUCAUGGCGGUGGUGCAUUUUCUGGUAAAGACUUCACAAAAGUUGAUAGAUCAGCUGCUUACGCGGCACGGUGGGUGGCGAAGUCUUUGGUGAAAGCUGGUUUAUGCAGACGCUGUCUUGUACAGGUUUCGUACGCCAUUGGAGUGGCAGAACCUCUUUCAAUCACAGUUUUCGACUAUGGUACAUCUAAACUGUCUCAAAAUGAACUUUUAGAUAUAGUUAAUAAAAACUUCGAUUUACGGCCCGGUAAAAUUGUUAAAGAAUUGAACCUGCGUAAUCCGAUCUAUCAACAAACCAGCACGUACGGGCAUUUUGGCCGAGAGGGUUUUACUUGGGAGCAGCCAAAGACACUAAUUCUCGAUUGAUGAGAGCAUAGAUUUUAAAUGACUCUAGCGUUCUUUAAAGAACGUGUAAUUUGCUCUCAAUUAAUCGUGUAUAUCUCGUAAAUCAUUCUCCGAGAUUUUCUGACCUCCACGCUACAUUCGCAAAGUCCAUCAAUUCCUUUUGCCAACCUAGCAAACUAGCAGGAAGAAUGACGUGUACUAGUUUCUCCGCACCACGACGUACUUGGUAUUAUGUGGUAUAGUACAAAUUCCGUUGACCCAGCAUGCCAGCCGAGGACAGUUAUUUUUCCUUUACCACAAAAAAAUUAAUUACCAACCGUUAAGGUAUUAAAUCUAUAUCGACAAAGGGAAAGGUGAACUAAAACCUGAGUCUGUUGGCUCGACAUGGCUGCAAGUGGUGUGUGUUGAAAAGAAAUCUACAACAAGAACAAUAAAAAGAACGAAAGACGUUGAAGCAUUUGCAAAAUGUAUAAAUUGGUACCAUCUUGAGAUGAAACGAUUUUCUCUCAGAUUUUUAGCGGUAUUAGUACUUUGCGAACGUACGUGAAAGUCCAACUUGUCUUUAGUUUGUUAUGUUUACCUUUACUAGCAUUUUAAAUGAAUAAUUUUGGGCUUUCAUGUACGUUUCUCUUUAACUAGAACUAUUAAUCGUUCGAGUGCAAACAUAAACUGGUAAUAUACAUUCAUUUUAGCAAAGUGGGAAAAAUUGACCAAUUACAAACAGACUUUCUUUUCAUAUCGUUUGAAAAUCCUCUGUGACACGAAACAAUAUAUAUAUAUAUAUCAAUCAAGAGUUAUUAAUAUGGCGUUUACUGAAACCUGUUAAGUAAACUUUCUUGGUUAUGUUUGAAUUUAAGUAAGCGUGAUAUUAUCAACUCUUAUAUAUUUAUAUAUGAAUAUACAAUGAUUCUAAAUGAUUUACCUUGUCGGUAGCGUUUACGUCACUGGUAAUAGUUCCUAGGAUAAUGACACUAUUGACAACGUAAAUUAUUGAGAGUUAUUGUACACACGUGAAUUUCCCUCUUUGCUCCUUUAUGAAUAGUUAAUUAUAAUAGAUAUUAUCGAUCUUACAAUGUAUAGUAAAUAAUGUAACAUGGAAGAUAACAGGAUCUUUGUUCAUAAAAGGUUUAAAAAGAUCGUGUGGCGGAGCUCGAAAACUGAAAUGUGACUUUUUCAAUGUGUAGUGUGACGAAUCCGUGAACAUCAAGUUUUAAACGUGUACAUGAAAAUUAGUGAUUUUCCGUUCGUUAGAUUAAUGCAACAAUCUAUCGUAAUAAUGGUAUUGGCUAUGUAAAGAUGCACAAGAUCAUCGUAUGCAAGUCAUAAUAAAGAGGAUUUUUUAAUAAAAUACUAAAUUGUCCAUCCUACUCAUUUUUAUUCCAAAGUGUUUAUCGAUUGCCCUUAAAGUUCCUUAUAAUAUGUCAUGAUUUUUGUAUAAAUAAAAAUUUUUAUUUCAUUAAAGAUUCUGAAAUAAACAAGAGCUCUGUUGCACAAUAAAUUAUAACUGCAAUGAUGUUAAUGAAUAAUUUUUAUACACAUUUUCAGAACAAAUUGUGCUUUUCCUAGAUAAAUGUGUGUAACUUUUUACUACAUAAACAGAAUUUUUGUCUUUGUACGAGUAGCAGGUCUGGGCAUUCUUUAAAUAAAAUAAUUUCAUUUCGUAUUGAUGCGAUUGAGCAACGCUAUCUUAAUGAAAUAUAUCCAUUAAACAAUUAUACUGUAAUUAACAUCCAAUAAAAUAAUUUAGUAACAAUCAUUUAAAAUAUUUUUGCUAUGUAACCACUGCCUUUUGUGAAACAUUUCAUUUGUAUAGUUAUUUUCUUUCAAUCUUGUUCUUUAAAAAAAAAGUGUUUUUACUAAGUUUUUUAAAAUGUUAUUUGCUAUUUCAAAUAAUUUAUGUCCAGCUCUGAUGUAUAGGGUACAUUUUACAUAUUUUGUGUGCUGUAGUAUAAUAUACAAUGUUCAAUAUUUAGUAAAUUGAAUUGGUAGGAUAUGUAUGAUACAUGUAAAGUAUUUGAAAUUUUAAGAAAAUACUAAUUGUAGUUUAUGUAAAUCCUUUAUAAGUUAUUCAGUAUUGGCUACUAAAAUUACAUAAUACACUGCCUAAAAAGCAGAAGAAAUUAAUAAACUCUAAACUAACAAUAUACAAAAUAUCAGGUUCUAAACGAAGUCUUUGCGUUUGCAAUUCUGAAAAAAUCCACUUGGCUAUGGUCGGAAAUUUACUUAUAUUAUUUGUUUUUUUAUAUUAUAUGUUGUAAACCUGUAAUUCUGCAGAAAUUCCG